AGGUAGGCCCUCGGGGCUGUCACCCCUCUUUUGCUGGGGCGGCCAACUGGGCUGCCCCCGGAGGGACCGGCCCCGCCACUGCCGCUCCUCGGGCUUUUGCACCUCAGCGCCCCGAAUGGCGGCUUCAGCAGUCCUGUCUGAAUGCUUUUUUCCCCCCUGCCUGUGUUUUAGUUGGAUGCUGAUAACUAUGAGACUGAUCCAUGUCUGAAAGAGAUUCGGAGAGCAGAAAAUUAUUCUUGGAUGGAUAUAAUAACCAUACAUAAAGACAGACUUCCAAAUUAUGAGGAAAAGAUAAAAACAUUUUAUGAAGAACAUUUACACCUAGAUGAUGAAAUUCGCUACGUCUUGGAUGGAUCUGGCUAUUUUGAUGUUCGAGACAAGGAUGACAAAUGGAUCCGGAUUUCCAUGGAAAAAGGAGACAUGAUAACCCUCCCUGCCGGCAUCUAUCACCGAUUUACACUGGAUGAGAACAAUUACGUGAAGGCAAUGAGGCUAUUUGUUGGAGAACCCGUCUGGACAGCAUACAACAGGCCGGCUGAUGAUUUUCCUGCUCGGAAACAGUAUAUGAAGUUUUUGGCUGAAGAAGCUCAGUAAUGGUGUCAGAGACCUGACAGCUGGAACCGCCUGAAGCCCUGCCAGAAUAAAUGUGACUGGUAGCUUUUCACUGAUUCAACUUCUUCUAUUUACAUAUACAAUUGUAUACAAUACAAUCAUAGAAAAAAUUAGGUUGCAAGUACAAUCAUAGAAAAAAUUAGGUUGCAAGGUCAUUUGGAGGUCAUCUAGUCCAACACUCUGCAAAGUACCAGGCCAACUUUAAAGCUAGACCAAGUUGCUCAAGACCUUGAGGUUUGGAAACCUCUGGUGGUAGUGGUGGUUCCACAGCCUGUCUGAGCGCCUGUUCCAGCACUUACCUACUCUCAUGGGCAAGCAUUUGUUCUUCAUGGCCAACUCGCUGGCUGCAGCUUGCAGUUGUUGUCUCUUGCCCUUUCAUUGAAUGCCUGAGAAGAGUCUGGCUUUGUCUCCUUCGCAGUCCCUUCUCUAGUGAAAAUCUGCAGUUACCACUCCUCUCAGCGCUCUCUUUCUCAGGCUGGACAAACCAGUGUCCUUAGCUGGGCUCUCUUCUGUUAAGGAAGAUGUUCAACACACUUUGCCCUAGUUUUGUCUACUGAGGAAUGUCACUUGUAACCACUUGAGAGUUAAACUUGAACUACCGACUGUUUUGAGUCCAGUGGUCCAGAAGUUUUUCACCCACCUUGUAGUUCAUAUCCUCAGUCCAGCUGUAAGGCUACCGUGGGACAUGCUGUCAGAAGCCUUGCUGGGGUCAAGAUGAAUCACAUCUGCUGUGUCCCCUCCUCCACAGAGCCAGCCAUUGCCUCUUGGAUGGCAGGCAGGAUGGGCAGGCAGACUGUGCCCUUGGUAAAUCGGCAUUGGCUGGUUGCUCCCCAUCACCUGGUAUUUCAUGUGCCUGGAAUGACUUCCAUGAUGGCUUAUUCUGUAAUUUUCCUGGGGACUGAAGUGAGGCUGAUCAGCCUGUUGUUCCCCAGAUCAUCUUUCUUGCCUUUUUGAAGAUGGCAGCAUCAUUUACCUUCUUCUGGUCAAAAAGGUUUUCCUGAUCUUUGUGACCUUUCAAAGAUACCAGCAGAAUUGCAGUGACGCUAGUUGCAUUUACAGUUGCUCAGGAAUCCAUUUUGUAACCUUUUUUUCCUUGAUAUUUCUGGCAGAUAGAAUUGGGAGAGGUGGGCUGCAUUAAUAUUCAUUCUGCUCUGAAUCCAUGCUAAUGAACUAUGUAGGAUUCUGUUUUUAAUUAAAGAAAAUAAACCCUGCUUCAUUCUUGUCUAAAAAUGUUCAUAAGAUAAAUUUGCAUAAUCGGCAUUUUAGUAUGCAGCUUCCCAAGUUCUGCUCUGGUACAUAAAGCUGGGGUUUUCUCUCAGUAAAAUGUAGCAAUUUGCUCUUGUGAGUUAUUAAUAAAAUUACUUUGACUUGAGUGUUUUA